AACAGUUUCCCAACAGCAGCCUUAUCUUAUCGUUCAUCGGGUGUUUGGCCGACACGGACGAUAGUUAACCUGGUUAAAUUGACGCUGUAGCUUCUGGAGAAACGCUUGUUGGUUUUUGCGGUUACGUUUCUUAUGUGUGUGAAGCGAAAGCCUGCCCCUUCCCCCGCCUCCAGGCCGACGGUAGGAGGGCAGAGAGCGAGGAGAACAACCAGCCGAUACUUUUGUUUUGAACAGGCUGUUCAGAGAGCUAACUUUUGUGGAGUUAAAAGGUUUCAGCUAACAGCUAACCUCCAAUAAAAGCGCGCAACGAAAGACUCCAAAGGACGUUAACGCGCCUUUUGUAUCCGCGUGUUGUGUUUAGCGUUAGCUGAUCAAUAUGGUGACUUUGUCAUCCGUAAUAAAACCUCUCGCUGCUCAGCUUCACCGACAGCUCGUCAGACACGCCAACAGUCACCGGAUAACGUCUGUCAGGAGAUGCAACCUCACGGCGUGCUCGAGCAAAUAUGUGCUGUCGCAGAUGCAUCCCAUGUGGCAGGGACCCCUCACGGUACCCGGAGGAGAUCAUCAGUCUCCCAUCGACAUCGUUGUGCGAAAGAGCGUCUUCGAUUCGGAGCUGAAGCCUCUGGUCAUUGAUUACGACCCGAAGACCUGCCAACAGAUCUGGAACAACGGAUACUCCUUUCUGGUGGAGUAUGAUGACACUACAGACAAGUCCACACUGAAAGGAGGCCCUCUGCAAGACACAUACAGGUUGUGCCAGUUCCACUUCCACUGGGGGGAGAGCAACGCCUGGGGGUCAGAGCACACCGUGGACAGGAGGCUGUUCCCAGCAGAGCUCCACUUGGUCCACUGGAACUCUGACAAAUACAGUUUGUUCGAGGAGGCAGUGAUGGAGGAGAACGGUCUGGCUGUUAUUGGAGUCUUUCUUAAGGUGGGAAAGAGACACGAGGGGCUGCAGAAACUGGUAGAUGCACUGCCUGCUAUCAGACACAAGAGCAGUGUAGUGGAGUUCAACAGGUUUGACGCUGCCUGUCUGUUACCCACCAACACUGAUGACUACUGGACCUACCACGGCUCUCUGACGACACCGCCUCUUACAGAGUCCGUCAGCUGGAUCGUUAUGAAGCAGCAUAUAGAAGUCAGCCAUGACCAGCUGGCCGUCUUCCGGAGCCUUCUCUUCACCUCAGCUGAGGAAGAAGUACAGAAGAGUAUGGUAAACAACUUCCGUGUGCAGCAGUCUCUCUGCGGUCGCACCGUCCGCUCUUCCUUCACUCCUUUCCUUCAGGCAGCUGAAGGUAAAAAGCAUACCCACUGAUGCUGCUGGACCCAGUACACGCAGUAACGCACACCAUGAGCACCAGAGCUACCUUUACUCUGCGAUCAGCGGUCCGGACUCUCCUUUUCUUUUUUUACCCCGUCACGGCAAAAUGUUUCUCAUCACAUCUGAAGCAGAAAACACAUUUUAAAGUAUGACGAAGUUUCCUCAGAGGAUCUUCACUUAAAUGUUUUAUUACAAACUGUUUUACAUGGAGGGUGUAGGGACACUUCUGUUUCAGGGGGUUGAGAUUUUUAUUUUCUUUGGAUUUUUUCUGAUUUUGGUUUGAGUGGUGCAGACCAAUUUGCAAUAUGGGAUGGUUGCUGUGGGGGAAAUAUUUCAUGUUACUGACUUUAUUAACAUGAAUCGUAUUUAUUAUACCUUUUACAGUUCAUUCAGUUACUGGCCAUGGGGGUUGUACAUGCAGCUCAGUGUAGAGAACAGCGGCGCUGUGGUAAGAACUCAACUGCACCGUGUGCUGGCCACAGUCUGCACUGCAGCUCUGACUUCAUGGUGGGGAUGAUUUUAUCCGUAUAAGGCUACGGCUGCUGCUAGUCUACAGCAGGAAGCCCUGAGAUUUUAACAGACUGGAGUUAUCACUGUAAUGUGUGUCUCUCCAGUAUAAUGCAUAAUAUAUCCAUAAUAUAAAUCAUCAAGGGCUAUUUUUAAAUCCUGUAUGGUGGGUUGUUGGGUGUAUCGUUGAUUUUGUUAUCUAUACAUAAAUGAGAUGAUUAGAAUGUAUGUUUUCUGUUACAAAGAGAUUAUACUGUAUACAGUACAGCUGACAUUCAGAAACCCUGGUUUCUUCCAGUAUGUGACAUUCAAACAUCCUUCACAUACAGUAGAGUUUUAAAGGAACUCAGAACUAUUAAUAUGUUACUGUAGCACAUGCAUGCAUUUUAAGAACAAUCUGAUUGGAAGAAGCAGUUCCCUUCCAUGACUUUCAUUUCAACCACCGUGCCUUAAAUGUUCUCUGUAUGAAUCACUGCGAAUACUUUCACCAGCACAAACGUGUGAUACCAGUCUCACACGCAUGUUUGAGCAUGAGAAGUAUCUCCGCUGUGGCUCAUGUGGUUUGUUAUGAUCCUCACCUUCAUUUUAUUUUUUUGAAUGAAGAAAAUGUUAAGUGUGUGUGGCUGCGCAAUGACUUCAGGAACAUAGUAGAGAAAUUCGGAUAACCUGUGAAUGACUCGACUUUCAGGUCCACUGAUAGAUUCAAGUCUAUAUCUGGAGGGAACUGCUGUUAUAGUCUGGUUUAGCUAGUUUUAUGUUGCCUGUAAGACAAAUCAAAUUGUACUGUUUGGUUGGGAAAGAGUUGCAAAUAUGUUACUGCAUGUAGAAUCUCUGAACUAGUCUAAACUACUGCUACAUUUUUUACAUUUGAAAUUAAAGUCGCUGACAGGUGACACAGUGGAACCAAUUGACUACAACAGCCUCGUGUAUCACCUCGCCUGUCAAGCACUUUCAAAAAGAAAAGAAACUUCUAUUGACUCGCCUUUGUUCCUCUAGCUUCUGCAACUCAAUUGAAUCUCAUUCAGGAUUUAUUUCUGAGGAAAUAAAGCGUGUUGCUCAAAUCUGCAUCCAAUACAGCAGCUGCUAUAAGAAAUCGAAGCCUUAGUGAUUUGAAUAAAAGCUAACCAUCUUUCUUAGCACAGACAAAACUACAGCUCCCAAGACAAUGUACAGGCACGUAAUGUACCUUAUUCAGCGCUUUUAUAAGCGUUACACUAAGGUAAAUCAAGCACUUCUCUGUGUUUCUUACUUAAUCCAACAACGCUGCACACACAUAGCAGAUGAGGAUUAUGUCAUUUAAAGCAGCUUAUGCAACCUUGCAUCAUAUAAAGAAGUCGGGCAGGCUGCCUGCGUUGGCUCGCCUCCAGUAGUUGUGAAUGUUACUAUGCAGCCCUCUUAGAAAGUGAAGGAGUGGUUUGAGGAUAGACGGGAAGGGGAGGAGAGAGCAGGCCAGAUGGAAAGUUUUUCAGACUUCUUUUACUUUAGGACAUGAAAUUGCACUACAAACCAGAAAACCACAUGUAUCUACUUUUAACAUUAUCCGUACGUGAAAGUUGCCUUUGUUGACGUACAGUUGAGUUGAGGCAGGGGUGAGGGGUCACGGCUGUCUUUAUAAUCCCAUAGGAACAAUGCAACUGUCCAAACUGGCCCUCCACCUCUUUAGAAAUAGCCGUUCCUUCCCUGCUGCAUGGACGCUCACAUCAGGCAUACACACCCUGCUCCAUCUCCCCACUGGCUCCCCUGUGGAGACCCAUCACGAGGCCUCACACUGAAUAGACUAACUGGAUAUGUAUGUGAAAGAUUUGACACUAUGCGGGUGAUGUUAACUCGUCGUGAAGGCUGCAGAUUUGCUUGAUAAACGAUGAAGGAGUUGGUGUGAAAGUUGAUGAUGUGCAUUAGUAACGCUUUUGGGAAUGUUGCAUGGUAGCUUUUUUGUUCUCUUACGGAAUCUAUGUUCAAUGUAUCGUACUAACAAGGAGACAAGGGACCAAGUACUGCCUUCAUCUUGUACUGCUGUGUUUUAAUGAUGUAUUUGAAUUGUGCACCAUGAUCUGCCUUCAUGUUUCAUGGCAUUUUACUCAUGUUAAGUUACUUUUUGUUAUGCCUUUUGUUUUUGUUUUUUACUUUGAAUUCAAUGAAUAUCAAUUAUUACAAUGCAAAUGUUGAAAAUGUGUUUGUCUACAUGGCCUUUUCUGACCAAGCUGGAGAAAUCUGACUUGUAUCACUGUCUGCCUUUCUAAAAGUAUUACAGACUGCUGUCAUCAUGCUGUAUUUUCCUCAUGGUGUUUUACACACUUGGUAGAUGUUUCAUUGCCUUCUGUAGCUCAGUGUGAUGUUUUAGCAGGUGUAUGCCGUACAUAUUUUAGCUGUUUUAUUUGUCCAGUGGGCCGCCAACAUUCCUGCCCUGUGGGGCUUCACUAGGCCCCUCUCCCCUCCCAGCAUGCUUUGCUCCACCUGGAUGGCUCCUUAUAGGCCCCGUUCAGCUGUGCAACCAGGAUGUGUUUUGCUCCCAGAGACCCCUGCCCCUUCAGGGGCGGGAGAAUAUUGGAAAAACACCCAAAGGUGUCACAUGAUAUAGAUGUAAAGAUGAUUUUAAAGAAACUGAUAUAUUUAUAGAUGGUGUAUAACAAUAAAGUAAUGUGUGAUGUGAAAUUAA